GCCAGGAGGUCAUUGAAAAUUUCUUGCUUCGGUCGGACCAAUUCGAAUAUGGUAGAUUGCCAUUGGCAGGUAGUAGUUUUGCAGUUUCGCAUUUGUCGAGACUGCAAAAGUUUUCACGAUGGCGAAUGAACGAUACGAGUGUUAACACGUUUUAUCGAAUAAAUGUGUGCAUGGUGCAAGUAAGAAAAUCGGAGCGAUCCAAGUUGCUUCGAGGUGAUCUUUAACGGAUUCGAUCUGAUCAAACAACAGCAAAGGAAAUGGAUGGAACAAGAGCAGCUGAGGUUUUGCCUUUACUUCAAGAACGUUUGGCCAUACUACCGGGUGGUCGAGAUCGUAGGGGCGGUCCGGUUCUUGUUUUUCCUACCACACCCAGGCGCGAACGUGCAAAACCCGACGACUAUCGUCGUCUUUUACAAUAUCUGUUGACGGUACCUACCGACGAAGCCAGAGGAUUGCGGUUCACUGUGAUCGUGGACAUGCGUGGUGCUACUUGGGACUCCGUUAAGCCCAUUUUGAAGGUGUUGCACGAACAUUUUCAUCGUUCCGUUCAUAUCGCGUUUAUCAUCAAACCUGAGAAUUUCUGGCAAAAACAACGAACGACUCUGGCUAAGCAAAAGAAGUAUAAUUUUGAGAUAAACACUAUAAGUUUGGAGGCUUUGACAAAAGUAAUCGAUCCGUCACAGUUGACACCAGACUUGGAUGGAUCUCUGCAGUACGACCAUGCUCAGUGGAUCGAUACCAGACUCGCAGUAGAAGAUUUUACAUGGCAGGCGGCUGAUCUUCUUGACAGAUUGGACGAUUUGCAAGAGGAUCUGAGUCGCAAUGAUUUCGCAGACGAUGUGACCGGAGCGAAACACGGAAUCGAUUUACACAAUGAAAUGAAGAAAAAAAUUAUGAAAGUACCGGUAGAAGAGAUCGAAGUUGUUGGUCAGAGACUGCUACAACGUUUCGAUAAUAGUAUCGCCGCAACCAGUGGCGAAGGAGGUAGCAUCGAGAGUGGGGCGACUGGCGGUGCUGAUCCGGAUGGACGAGCACUGGCAACUUUAGUGAUUCAGCACUUGGAUUCGGUACACGCCGCGCAACAACACCUCCUACAGUUGUGGCAUAUUAAGAAAAUUAAACUGGAUCAGUGUUUUCAACUAAGACUGUUUGAGCAAGAUUGUGAAAAAAUGUUUGAUUGGAUUUGCCACAACAGGGAAGGAUUUUUGGCAAAUUACGUCGAGAUUGGUCGAUCUUAUCAAUUGGCCAAAAAUUUGCAGGAAGAGCAUAAACAUUUUACCAUGAGUUCCAUGAAUGUUUACGUGAACAUUAAUAAGAUUCUAACAAUGGCCAGCCGUUUGCUCGAAACGCAGCAUUACGCGGCUGGACACGUAAGGGCUGUAGCCGGUCGAUUGGAUCGGGCUUGGAAAGAGUUUGCGGCUGGACUCGAUGAACGUACCGCGGUCCUUAGUUUGAGCGUUGUUUUUCAUCACAAAGCCGAACAGUACGUCGAUAGCGUCGCGGGAUGGAGUCAAGCUUGCGACGCUGGUAACUUACCUAACGAAAUACCGAUUUUGGAAUCUCACAUACGUCAGCAUCAAACUCUUUACGAGGCUAUGUGUCAAGCUUAUACAGAGGUAUAUGACGCGUAUCAAGCACUUUUGAGCGGACUAGGCUCGAUGCUGCAAGUUUGUCACAGUUUGAGUUCGACGCACGGUCCGAGCUUGGAUACGUUUCGCAACGAUUAUGUGCAUAGUACCAGUAAGAAGCUUCUUUACCAACUGGAUCAUCUCGUGCAAGUCUGUAACCAACCGCAAGGGAUAGACCAUACAACCAGAAAACAUAGCCAAGAUGGUCACAACAUCGAUGGUCAUUCAGGUAUGAGUGGGAAUCCAGCCGCGGAUUAUAGCGAGGGCGCGUCGCAUGUGUUGGCAGUGAUCCAUCAAAUCUUGGGUCAUCACAGAGCAUUAGAAGCUCGUUGGCAUGCCCGAAAAGUGAAACUACAUCAGAGACUCGCGUUAAGAUUAUUUCAAGAGGAUGUGAAACAAGUUCUAGAUUGGUUGACGAACCACGGUGAAGUAUUUAUUCGAAAGAACACGGGAGUAGGUCGGAAUCUUCAAAAAGCAAGAGUGUAUCAGAAAAGCCACGAACAUUUUGAAAACGUUGCGCAGAACACGUACACGAAUGCCACCAAGUUACUUACCGCUGCCCAAGAAUUGGCACAUACAGGGGAAUGUGCCGCUGACGAGAUAUAUGCCGUGGCACAGGAAUUGGAAGCUCACGUCAGUAGUUUUGCAGCGAGAGUCGAACAGCGGAGACGGAGGUUGGAUUUAGCGGUGAUGUUUUACACGCACGAAAAAGAGUUGAGUGGUUGGGUAGACGAAUUGCGGCAGGAAUUGCAACAGGACGAGGUGGCGGAGAAUCUAGAAACGGCGGAGAGGCUGUUGGAGCAGUGUGCGCAACACAGAUCGUCCUGUUUGGAGGCGUGCGCUUCGACCAUAGUACAGGGCGAAGCGUUGCUUCAGGAACUUCGGGAAUCUACCGAUGCUCCCGACACCACUGGUUCCAUAACUGCGGUAGAAGCUGCGCUGGACAGGCUGGCCGGCCUAAGACAAGAAUUGGAAGAUCUGUGGGCUACCAGGAAACUAAGAUUGGAACUUUGUUUACGAUUGCGCGUAUUCGAAAGGGAUGCCUUGGAAGCGAGCGGUCAGUUGGAGAUGUGGGCACAAGAAUUGCAAGGCGCGCCUCGAGAAGGUUCGCCCGAGCAGUUAUUACGUGUACACAACGAUGGUGUUGCUCAUAUGCAGAACACCGCAUUUCAAGUGUUGCAACAAGGCCAGGAGCUUGCUCAAGUAUUGGAACAAUCCGGAGUCUGUAUAAUGGCGGAUGGGCAACACAGUGCGACUUCUAGGGUACAAGUACUUCUCGAAUUCUUAAACGAAAGAGAAAUGGACGCGGAAGAUUUAGCGGAAAUGAGAAGAGUUCGAUUGGAACAAGCUUCGCAACUGGUUCAGUUGCAAACGGACGCUGCUCACGUAGCUAAUUGGAUUCGUAACGGAGAAGCUAUGCUUUUGGCGUCGUUAAGAGUACCGGAGAAUCUUCAAGAUGCCGAGCAACUACGUCUGGAACACGAACAGUUUCAGGUCGCUAUCGAAAAAACGCACACAUCGGCCGUUCAGGUAAAGCACAGAGCCGAUGCACUGGUAAGCGCUAAUCAUUACGAUCCGAAGAGUAUAAGGGAGGUUGCCGAAGAAGUGACCAAGAGAUGGCAGCAAUUAGUUACGUGUGCAGAGGAGAGACAUAAAUUGGUAACCGCUAGUAUUAAUUUUUACAAGACGGCGGAACAAGUACGUUCCGUAUUGGACAGUCUGGAACGCGAAUACAAAAGGGACGAAGAUUGGUGCGCGUCCGGUGAAAAGGCCACGCAAGUGCCGACGCUUGUUGGUAAACAUCAAGAACAAAAGGAGGCAUUUUUGAAAGCGUGCACGUUGGUACGACGAACUGCGGAAACAUUCCUCAAAUAUACGAAUCGUAGUCUACAGUUUUAUAGUUAUCAGGCGAACAGCGCUGGUUCGGAGAAUAAAGUUAAAAGUAUUUUAGAAGAAUUACUGAGCAAGGAGAAUCGAGUACUCGAGUAUUGGACGCAACGUAAAAAACGGCUGGAUCAGUGUCAUCAGUACGUACUCUUUGAGCGUAGCGCCAAACAGGCUCUAGAAUGGAUCCGAGAAACGGGCGAAUUAUAUUUAGCUACGCAUACCAACGUUGGUAAAAAUCGUAUCGAAAACGAACAAUUGUUACGAGAGCACAAUGAGUUUAAGGGAGCCGCAAAGGAAACGAGGGAACGGGUAAAACUGUUGAUUCAACUGGCUGAUAAUUUGGUGGAAAAGGGUCAUGCUCACGCAACGGCCAUCAAACAAUCCGUUGCCGAAGUGGAUCAACGAUACAAAGAUUUUAGCACGCGAAUGGAUUGCUACAAGACUCAAAUCGAAGAUGAUUUAGGAAUUCAAUCGGACGAUGGACAAAAAGAUUUAUCUAUCGAUCGUAAUUCGGAUCCUUUGCUCGAAGAGAAAAUCAAGGGAAAAGAGCUGAAAGAAUUAAACGAGGAGAAAAGGAGAUCGGCACGACGGAAAGAAUUUAUAAUGGCCGAAUUGUUACAAACCGAACGUACUUACGUAAAAGAUUUGGAAACGUGUAUCCGUUGCUUUUUGGAAGAAACGCGUUGCGGUAAAGGAAACGUUGUCCCGGCAGGAUUGCACGGCCGAGAGUCAAUAAUUUUUAGCAAUAUGGAGGAAAUUCAUCAGUUUCAUAGUAACAUAUUUCUUCGGGAGCUUGAAAAAUACGAAACCAUGCCGGAGGACGUCGGACAUUGUUUCGUGACUUGGGCACCGAAAUUUGACAUGUACGUGACGUACUGCAAAAACAAACCGGAAAGUAAUCAAUUUCUAGUUACACACGGUGGGACAUGGUUCGAGGAAUUACAGAGGAAACAUCGCGUAGAACAUCCGAUCGCUGCAUAUUUAAUAAAACCCGUACAAAGAAUUACAAAGUAUCAGUUGCUACUGAAGGACCUUCAGGCUUGCUGCCAAGAAGGACAGGGCGAAAUAAAAGACGGACUGGAAGUGAUGUUAAAUGUGCCUAAGAAAGCAAACGAUGCCUUACAUUUAAGCAUGCUAGAAGGUUGCGACGUAAGAAUAGAUACGCUUGGCGAUGUCGUGCUGCAAGACUCAUUUACCGUGUGGGAUCCUAAACAAUUAAUUAGAAAAGGUAGAGAUCGGCACAUAUUUCUGUUCGAGUUGUAUCUAUUGUUUAGCAAAGAAGUGAAGGAUUCCGCUGGAAAGGUGAAAUAUAUUUACAAGAGCCGUUUGAUGACCUCGGAAUUGGGCGUGACCGAGCACAUCGAAGGCGACGAAUGCAAAUUCGCGGUUUGGACAGGACGAGCCCCAACCAGCGACACACGCGUCGUUCUCCGUGCGAAUUCAAUGGAUGCGAAACAAUUGUGGGUGAAGAGAUUGCGCGAGGUUAUUCAAGAAACGUAUUUCAGCUUAAGCAUGCCCAAGAGCCCUGCUAAAAAGAGCUCGAGUCAGCGUUCCAGCAGAGAUCUCGAAGAAUGCGCUUCUCUGGACGAUAGCGUUGAAAAUUUGGAUAGAAACUCUCUGGCAUCCUUUGGAUCUACCAAUACGACAGACUCUGACAAGACUGGCGUAGCCGAAGUGACUUGGGUUAUCGCGGAUCACUCGGCAGCACCUGGCUCGAAAGAGUUGACAGUGACAAAAGGUCAACAAGUCGAAGUAGUGGAAAAUGGAAGCAAUAUCACCGGUAUAAACACGGCCGAAUGGACCCACGUGCGUUUACUGCUCGCGCCAGGACAAAUUGAUCCUCCGCCAGAGGGACUGGUGCCUACGAGUGCGCUUAAACAACCUCCGUCAACUUCUACCAAGACUUCGCCAUCUAGAAAGGCUCCAAACCAACAGCAACAGCAACAGCAACAACAACAGCAACAACAACAGCAACAACAACAGCAUCAACAUCAUCAUCAUCAACAACACCAUCAGCAGCAGCAGCAGCAGCAGCAGCAGCAGCAGCAGCAGCAGCAGCAGCAGCAGCAGCAGCAGUCGCAACAGCAGUCGCAACAGCAGCAGCAGCAGCAGCAGCAGCAAUCGAGCAAUCAAGCUCAAAGUCAAAUUUCCAGUAGUAGCGGUAUCUCGACUGCAUCGUCUUCUAGUUUGGGAACUGCAUUGUCGUCGUCGUCGUCGUCGUCCCUGUCUGUUGGAGUAACCACGCAAAACGUCGUUACGCCCCUACUGCCGGACGAAACAGAAAACAUUGGAAACGAUGGAAGCGGUGUCGCGAACACAAGCUCUCCCGGAAACAAGAGACGCGGUUUCAGUGGGAGAAAGUGGUUGCCCCCGCCGUUGCGUAAACUCAGCCAAGGAAAAGUGGAGAAAUCGGCAAAUACGACACCGGCAGCGACAUCGGCGAGCGCGAUCUCGGCUCUACCGUUCAUCGAUCGUUCCAACAUGAAAAAGAACGUUUCGGAAAAACGAUUCAAAUUACCGAGCGGUGCCGAACAAACUCGACCAUCGAGACCCACUCCCGUUUCCAUCGCCAGUUUGACAUCCGCGACCGCCACGAUGCACGUGUCCGAUUCGAUAUCCGACGUAGAUCUCGAUACCGAACUUCCAACCGAACUCGAAGCGGAAGAAGAGGAAGAAGCAGAGAUCGAGCCAAGUUCCGAGAUGGAAGAGGAUACACCGGAGCCCGACGAUACCGAGGGAUUAACUUACUCGGAACAAAACGGAGCGGACGAUGCCGACGAUGAGUUUGAACUUCCACCACCGAUGAAACCCAUCACCGAGCCGAUACUCGUAGGAACUGCCAACGGAUCCUCGGGAUCGGCAAUUCCAACGGAGGGCUGUGCAAAAUCUAGAACAUCCGAACGGUCCGUAAAAAUUCUCGAUGGUGCUACGACGGUCGAUUUAGCCGAAAUCGAGCAAAUCGUAAAAGAGAGAAUGGAGCAGCACACGGAAAAUCAAGAGAGACAGUGCUUGAUGCGAACACCCAGCGGUAAAAGUUCCAAUAUUGGCACAAGCACAGCCGAUGAUGACGAUAGCUAUAACGAAAGUUUCCUCUCAACGACCGAAGGAACUACUACUACUACUACUACUGUUACUACUACUACUACUACUACUACUACUACUACUACUACUACUACUACUACUACUACUACUAGUACUACUACUACGGGAACGGUGACCGCAACGACGAGCAGUCCUGCUCAUAGAAGUACGGAGGAAUUCGAUCCUGAAAGUACAAUUCUUACGAAGCGGCAGUUUGUGAUUCGUGAAUUGGUAGAUACGGAAAAAGAUUACGUGAACGAUCUAAGACAAAUAGUUGAAGGAUACAUGUCGUUGAUGCGAGAUUCCGAGUGUGAAAUUCCUCUGCCGGAAGACUUGCGCGGUGGAAAAGACAAGAUGGUGUUUGGCAACGUAGAAGCGAUCUACGAAUGGCACAGAGAUUUCUUUCUGAAAGCUUUGGAACGUUGUCUGGAACGUCCCGAGGAGCUCGGUCCAUUGUUUAAACGUUACGAGAGGAAGUUGCACAUGUAUGUCGUUUACUGUCAGAAUAAACCAGUUUCCGAGUACAUCGUAUCCGAGUAUAUAGACACGUACUUUGAGGACCUGAGACAGAAGCUCGGGCAUCGAUUGCAAUUGUGCGAUCUUUUGAUAAAACCGGUACAGAGGAUCACCAAGUAUCAGCUCCUUCUUCGAGAAGCGUUGAAGCUUACCGAACGGACUCAAAAGAUCUCGGAAAUCGAAGGCCUUAGAGCGGCGGUCCACGUGAUGCGUAUUAUCCCAAAGGCUGCCAAUGACAUGAUGGACGUCGGACGACUCCAAGGUUUUGACGGAAAGAUUACGGCGCAGGGGAAAUUAUUAUUACACGGUCCACUAUUGGUAUCGGAAUUAUCAAAUGUUACGAACAGGGGAAGGGAAUGGCAAGUUUUUCUCUUCGAGCAAAACAUUAUUUUCAGCGAGGCUGUUGGCAAAAAGACUCAAUUCACAAAUCCCGCCUACAUUUACAAAGCUCAUAUCCAGGUAAAUAAAAUGAGUCUCGAAGAAUGUUACGACGAUCCGGAAAAGUUUGUAAUUCGAUCGACGGAUCCUCGGAAUCCUGGCCUUGGGUUCUCUUGUAACGCCGUAGAAGAAAGCGGGCCGCGGAAGCAGGAAUGGGUGGACACGAUCACUGCCAUCCUGCAAACCCAACGCGACUUCCUCAAGGCGCUACAGUCGCCGAUCGCCUACCAAAAGGAACUUACCAAAGAUCCACUUCGUGGCGCGAGCCCGGAAUCUCCGUGUCGAGGAAGUGUACCGAACGUGUCUAAAACGAACGAGGAGAGGAGGAACGAGAUCGCUGGUCUCUCUACAGCUUCGAAAACAUUAGCAGCAGCGAUAAUGACGAGCGCGGCAACAGCGACUGCAACGACAACAACAUCGCUUUUGCAACAGUCUCGCACCGGAGGCUUAAAUCAGGAUUCUUCCCGAACACCAAGCCCUACCAAAAGCAGACUACAUUUUCUCGAGGGAUUCAGGAGCACGCUACGAUCUCGAUCGCCCGUUCGCAACAACUCCAUCCCGAUCGUUCCAGGUAGCAGAGUAAGAUUGACCGCGGAUUGGGGCAAGUUACGCGCCGGAGAAGAGUUGGAAAUCUCUCGACUGGACGGUCCAGGCUUGAUCGUCUCUCCGGUGGUCGGAAAGAAGGAAGAGUUCUGGAUCCCGGCGAGUCUCGUUCCAAAUUCGUCCAUCAGCCGCGCAUGGUCGUUUCGUCCGCGAAGAAUCGAUUCCGAGGGAGAGAGGAGCGUCCAUCUUCCGCAAGAGAUACGCGCGGAAGAGAACGGUCCUCCCGCGAUCUUGACUAUUCCGUGUUCGAUCAGGGCGACGGCUGGUGGCGUGGCUCGACUCGUGCUGGAGGCGCGUCGCGUGGAAAGAGCGAUCGUUUCUUGGAGAAGGGAGGGGCAACGAUGUAACAUCGAGGAAGGCGAUCGAUAUCGACUAUGCCGAACCGCCGAUUCCCUUUCUCUCGAGAUCGCCCCUUGCCUGCCCUCUGACUCCGGAAUUUACCAUUGUCGCGUCGAGCAUCAAACAGGCUCUUGUGCGGCCAAGAUUCCUCUUCGCGUUGUAGGUAUCGGUGCAAAUGCUUGGAACGAUCGAAACGAUCGAAACGAUCGAAACGAUCGAAACGAUCGAAACGACACGAUCGAUAUUAAAGGCCCUCGAUCGAAUCGAUCGACGAGCAACGAGCCAUCGAUAACGGACAAUGAAACCACCACCAACGUCAUCUCCGAUCCCGACAAGAACAAGACUACGAAAGAUACAGAAAUAGACGCACGAGACACGGAACAACGAUCGAUGUACGUAGGGACGUACGUAGAACUGGAAGAAUUGGGAAACGGUAGAUUUGCCAAAGUAUGUCGCGCAAUGGACAAACAAACUGGCCGAGAAGUGGCUCUCAAGCAGAUAUCACGAUCGAAGCAACCGCGAUCGGUAACACGCGCCGAAUACGAUUUACUUCUGACCACUCGUCACGAUAAUAUCAUUCGGGCGUUGGCACUCUUCGAAGAUGCGCCAGAAUCGGACAUUGACACUAUCGUUUUGGAACUAGUCAAAGGUUCGACGUUGUUCGCGUAUCUCGGCGAGAAAACCGAUUAUACGGAAGCGACUGUUUCAUACUAUACCAGUCAAAUAUUAUCGGCACUGGAGUGGUUGCAUUCGCGAAAACGAGCGCAUUUGGAUAUAAAACCGGAAAACAUUUUGAUCGAUCGAGAAACCGAUGGUGUAAAAUUGAUCGAUUUUGGCGAAACUGUCAGAAAGGCGCCGCUCGAUCAAGUCGUUCCGCCCGUUGAUUUGGAAUUUGCAGCCCCGGAAUCGGUCCUUGGCAGACCGAUAGGAUCCUACACAGACAUGUGGGCCGCUGGAGUUUUUCUCUACGUGCUUCUAAGCGGCCUUUCACCCUUUUUGGACGAUUCCAUCGAAGAGACUACCACCAAUAUACUGAAAUGUGAUUUUUGUUUUCCCGACGAAUAUUUUCAAACGAUAUCCAACGACGCGAAACACCUUCUCAAAAGAUUGUUGUGUCUGCGCGGAGAAGAGAGAUUGACCGCUCGAGUUUCCUUGUUAUCGCCUUGGUUCCAGAUACCGAUUGGCGCGACAAUUCCUUCUUCCCGAAUGGUUGCGUUUAUCGACCGACGCGCACAUCGCUCGAAAUCUCGAAACGAUCGAAAUAGCAGUUUUUAUUCGUGAAAGUAUGUCGUUUUCAAGAGAGCCGCGUAAUUCAUUCGUGGAUAAUUUUAAUUGUUUCCGGCCAACGAAUCUGGCCAACUGUAAAUAAAACUGCAGCUGCAAGAAGCUGCUUCCACGAGUAUUCGUACCCUUGUUGCGUGCGCGUGUGUGUGUGUGCGUGUGCGUGUGCGUGUGCGUGUGCGUGUGCGUAUGCGUAUGCGCGCGUGGCCGCGCUCGUCUGUAUGUUGAACAAAGUUUCUUAAAUUGCCUGCUAUAUGAAAUAAAUAACGGGUCGUAACACGAUCCGUGACAAAACUUCCUGACAAAACUAACGUCGAGCUUACGACCAUCGGAAACGUAUUUAUGAUGAUGCGUUUCAUCGUACGAGGUUUAAGGCGUUUUUGCUGUAAAAGCACCGUUUUUAAUUGUUAUUUCGUAGCCUCGAAUUUUUAUACUUUUUUUUUUUUUUUUUUUUUCUAAACCAAACU